AUGGCAAAUGUCGAAGAUGGCUGCACAGCUAAGCAUUUUUUAUGCUCGCUUGGCGCCCGUGGAAGACACACUGCAAACACCCCUCGCAGCCUGCAUUCCAAUGCAGGCCCUACCGGUGUUAAAUCCGUGCAGUCAUCCCCCUACGCUCAAACACACACAACCAGCGAGAUCAUCAAUUUCGGUCUCGGUCAGCCUUCCGAAUCUCUGCUGCCCCUGGAUAUGUUCCGGGACGCUGCGAUGGAUCGCUUUAAGCCGACACAAGACCCUGCGAUGCUGCAAUAUGGAGCUGCUAAAGGGUUCAUAGGAUUUCGGGAGGAAAUCGCCAAACUCGUGGCAGGAGCCAAUGCUACGGCAAGCGUCGAUCCGGAGACUCUAAUGGUGACAGCGGGCAAUUCUCAGGCCACUUCUCACGCAGCCAUGGCGUUCUCUAAGACCCACAAACGGGUAUUCGUGGAGGAGCCGACCUACUUCUUGGCACACGAUAUUUUCCGUGAACUCGGACUGGACUUGAAAGGUAUUCACGCCGGAAAGAACGGGAUUGAUUUGGACGUGCUGGAAGCAACACUGGCUGCAGGAGAUGUUCCAGCGUUCCUGUACACGAUCCCAUUCUUCCAUAACCCAACGGGAGCUGUGAUGUCGUCUGAUCACUGCAAACGACUCGUAGCUCUUGCACAGAAGUAUGGUUUUCGUAUCAUUUCUGAUGAGCCAUACAAUUUGCUCCACCUCGGCAGCAACGGUGGCCCAUUGUCUUCGCUCGCAUCGUACGACGAUUCCGUGCUGGAACAGGGCAAGUUGUUGCCUCAUCUCGACCACUUAAAAAGUGUCUUUCAAGCUCGCAAAGCCGCCAUGUGCGACGCAUUGCUCAAGCACUGCCCAGACGUCACAUUUAUCGAGCCUUCUGGCGGAUACUUCGUGUGGCUCGAGCUGCCGGAUGGUGUCCACACUGACGUGUUGCUGAAUGAAGCUGUGGCCAACCACGCCGUUGCCUUCACGCCCGGCACACGAUGCUCGCUCGGAACAGUCUAUGGCGAUGGUGACGGUGGCGUUCUAGCCAAUACGGCCAUGACGCGUUGUGCGCGCCUAUCCUUCGCCUUCUACGAUGAAGACGAGAUCCACUUGGGCAUCCAGCGGCUGCAGAGCGCCCUUGCCAACGUGAAAUAA